AAUCAUAUGUGUAUUGUGUUUUAUUUUAAAUUUAAUUUGACAAUUUUUUAUACCUAUGACUAACGGUAUUAUAUUUAAAGUCGCACCCCCACCACCAGCAUCCACAAGCCGCCCUACAUAUAUAUAUAUAUUGAUAUAGAUAUAUGUGUAAAUCAAUACUUAAAAAAUCAAGUCCAUUCGUAGUUGAAAAAAAAAACAAAAAAAUGCAAAUUAUCACCGUAAUCUGUACUGUUUCCAUUUUCCUAACUACCUUAGCUUUUGCCAUGAUAAACGAGGAAUCAACGAGCAAUCAUUCACUGACGAGAAGAUUUAGUAAAAUUCAAGAUUUUUUCAAUAAAAUUGCAGAUAAAAAGCAUGAGAUUAAAGCGUCAGAACUUAUAGAUUAUGUAUUAUAUGAUUUAAGAAUUCCUUUGGACGAAAUAGGACUCGCCAAAGUAAUUCAACAAUGUAGAGAAACAAAUGUUCUUACGUUUAAAAUAUUCUAUGACAUUAUGGACUCAAUUGUUCCUAAUGCUCGAAAAAAUGAUAAAGAUACUGAGCAAGAUUUUAUGCUACAAAUGAACAAUUUUGAAUCCAAAGGAUAUGAAUUUAUUUAUAAAUUGACAUUGGAUAAAAUGCUUAAAGAUAUAUUUCAAAUAUCAGUUAAUAAUGAAGUACUAGAUGAAAUAUUAAUAGAAUCUGGGGCUAAUAAUUCUGAAGUUCUAGACUUUAAAAAUUUGAAAAAUGUUUUAACCUUCAAAAAUUUUUUUAAAAUAAUCAAUACCAAAGUUGAUCGAGAGUAUAUGAAAAUCAUGUAUAAGUUAGAUUCAAAAGGUACAGGAUUCAUUUCUAGAUCAACCAUACGUCGAAUAUUAGAAAAUGCAUACGAGUGUCAAAUUCAUGAUGACAAGUUGGAUAGAAUGUUAAAAAAAUCUGGUGCCAAUAUAAAUGGUAUAUCAGAUUUUCAAAGCUUCCAAACAUUUUUGAACAUAAACUUUGAAAAUUAUUUGUAAAAUCAUUUAAUAAUACAUUUUAUCAAAUAAUUUAUAA